AUGGCGCCGGUAUCAUUCAGUGUAAAUCCUGAAUAUGCACAGAUUACUGAAAUUGUACCGGGCCUGUGCAUAUGUGGCGUGAGCUCGCUGACACCCGUGAACAUCGAGAAGUACAACAUAUCGCUAAUCAUCAAUGCAACAAAUGAGGUACCCAACAUACGAGCCCUCGGCAGUAUUCCACGGAUCAAACUGUGGCUUGAAGAUACUCCACAAGCAUCAAUCUACGCAGAGCUUGUUUUGCAGGCCGAGCAAGUACAGUUUUUUUUUUGCCAUCGUUUCGGAGUUUCGGAUCCAUAA